UAUUUUGACCCAUUUUCUUGUCUUUUUCUUUCUCUAAUUCUCUAGUACAGUACAAUGAAAGAAAGUAAUUUGAUUAUGGGAGUUAAGAAAGAACAGUGGUAGUACACUGUGCCAAGCCCUGACAUAUGUUAAUGAAAUUUGGGUAUAGAAAGGGUCAGAGUGCUAUCUAGUAGAAGAGCUUUUAAUGAAUUUUCCAACUUCACAGAGAAUACAACUGUUAUAUAGACCAACACUACGGCAACGCACCAGUGGGAAUGGUAGUUUCCUUUCUGUCACAGAAGAGUCAGACCUAGAUGGCUUAGCAGGUCUUAGAGAUGGACAAGAUGAAACAGGAACAGUACCUGCUCCUCGGCCAUACAGUGACCCACCUCCAAAGUACACACCGCCUCCCUCAUACUCCACGGCUACUGGAGUCAGAUUUGCAAAACUCCUGAAUCAAAGUUUCCGUCAGAGUAUGAGACGCCUUCGUUACACAUUGCGUAAUGGCUCAGAAGAUAGUACACACAGGGAUGCAGAUGGGACUCCACAAGAAGUUGAGUGUGGGCAGCCCAGCACAACAGCUAGGGAAGCCACCCCAUACAUCCCUCCACCAGAUUAUGUAACUGUUAUCACAGAAUGUAGCAGAGAAAGAAGUCACAGCUCUACAUCUAAUGAAGCACCUCCUCGGUACUCUACUUUAGAUCCGUUAAGAAGACAAGAAGCACUGGCAGCUUUGGCUAAUGCUGCGUCUUCUAGUAUGUGUAUUAAAACUGAUGAUGAGACUGAACUACCUUUACCCACAGCUCCAUCAUUACACAGAAACAAUAGCUUACGUAGAUCAGGGCUCAGACGCAGCAUAGCCUCAGGUGUGAGGCGAAGUGCUCGACGUCUUGCAGCAACACUUGGUGUUGGGAGUGGUGAAGAUGGGGCUACAUUAGUAGGUAGUGAAGCCUCAGUUAAUGAAGAUAAUCAGUCAGUAAGAGAAGUUGAACCUUCACAUCCAUAUGCAUAUACUAAUUUUGAGCUGGUCUCCCACUCGCAUGCGUGAGGUUGCUUAGGUCUGAUGUUCCAGUGAAAGAGUAGGCAUUAAUAUUUAUAGUUAAAAAUUUAUCUACGUUAAUGUUGAUUGUUUUGUUGAUAGAUUUAAAAAAAAAAUAUUCUAUCACUUCUUAUUUUAGCAUAACCAGAAAUAUAUUAUUAGUGCAAUAAAGUCAAAUUAAUUAUUAUAAUUACUACCAGCAUGAAAGCAACUCCUUUUUAAUGUUAAAAGGAUUUAAUAUUUACACAACAAUUGUAAAUAAGACUAAUACAUUCUACAGACACCAGAAAAUCAAUAAUGUACAAUUCUCCACUUUAAUUAAUGUUUACCGAGUUUAAGUACUGUGCUCAAAUUUGUAUAUAGUUUUUAUUUCACUGAAGGAAAACAUAGCAUUUCAUUAUGUACCAAAAUAACAUAACUGGUGGCUUACAAAAAGAUCAUAGGUUUUUUAAGAAAGUAAUUUUUCUAUAAAUUAUGCUUAAUAUUAA